UGAUACCAAGACGAUGCUUUUGAUUCGUCUCUCUAGGGAUCUAGACGAAGUUUCUGUCCCUGCUCUUCUUGUGCUUGAGAUUGAGCGAAUUCUCAAGCCCGGUGGAGUUGGAGCUAUGCUUGUGGGUAGCGCUGCGUUGAAUUCCAACAGCUUGAUUAGAUCUGCCACCCCAGUUUCAUCUUUACUGAAAUCUUCCAAUAUUGUUUAUGUUGGUUAUGUGGAAGAGUUUACCCUAGUUGUUUUCAGGAAAAAAGUUGAAAACUUUGAGCAGAAUCAAGUACUGCCAGCUGACUGUCAAUCUGUUGCCAACAACAAACCUUAUAUGGAUUACAUUGAGCCUCUUGCUGAGAAAAAACCAGCAGAUUUUGAGAAGAGCAUUGCUUAUUUGCCCAAAUUUGUGAAUGUCUUUUCAAAGAAAAGAUUGGUGUAUGUUGAUAUUGGAGCAGCAGAGCAUCUGAACACUAGUGUAACCAGCUGGUUCAUGCCAUCCUAUCCUGUGGACAGUAAAGCCUUUAAUGUGUAUUUUGUUGAUCAUAACACUUCGGUUAUGUUAUCUUAUGUCAGGAAGCCUGGUAUCACCUUCGUUUAUCAUCCGGACCUUGCGGGGAGCAAACCCAGUGCAAGUCCUCCAACUUUUGAAGAUUUGGAUCCGUUGUUGGAAGAUGAGAGUUUUGAUUUUCUUGGCUGGUUUGAGGAGACAGUGCAGUAUGCUGAUUUUGUGGUUCUAAAGAUGAAUGCAAAUGAGGUAGAGCUGAAAUUUCUGUCAGAGCUCUUCAAGAGUGGAAAUAUAUGCUUUGUCGAUGAGCUGUUUCUUCAUUGCUCGGGAAGAUCAGACUGUAUGGACAUAUUCAAGAAGCUUAGAAGCAGUGGUGUGUAUGUCCAUCAAUGGUGGCGGGACUAGACGCCAGCUCCAUAGAUGAUAUUAUCUAUCUUUUAGGUUUGAAUGUUUGAAUGUUUGUGUACUGAAUAAAAGGCCUGCUGUUGUAAGGCUUAAUCUUGUUAUUGUGACUUUUCAUGUUGUUGUUGUAGUUGUUGCCCACCAUGGCUGCCAAAUUUUCAUUCUUGAUGGAGUGUGAAGACUUGUAAGUGGCUUUGAGAUUGGACACAACUUUAUUAUGAGUUCUAAAUGAAUGAAAUUUGUAUUCUUAUGAAUGAAA